GGGAUUUUCGGUGGGAUUGCCCUGUACAGUUGCAGCUGCCGAUGCUUCUAUACAACGGCACAGGCAGCUAUUGGAGAUCACUGGGAGAAGGAUCCUUGCACGAGCUUCAGGGGGGCUACGGAAAACACUCUGGGAAGGGGAGAUGUUAUACAUCAGCCCAACAGGAUUCCUAGUGUUCUAGGAUGUGACAAGGUAACACUGUAGCGAGGAUUGGAAGUGCCGUAGGUUACAUUGUAGCUGGAAAACACAGUGCACCCUGCCAAUGCCUAGGAGGUGAAUAUAUAUAUAUAUAUAUAUAUAAAUAAGCUUCUUACUGGGAUAAAGGAUCUGUGUUCUAGAGCACUAGUUCCCCUUUACUGCGAGCCCCGAUUGCAUGCUGAGAGAUGCUAGACAAUAGCUGCGGGCACUGUGCAAAGAAAGACCAUGGAAAAGUCAAGUAGCGAAGAUUCCUCCAUCCACCGAAGUCCGUCCGUAGACAGCAGAGACUCGGCUAAGCCUUCCACUUCAGCCAGGGACUGUGGGAGGGGGUUCACCGCCGGAGCGUUUUAUGGUACCGCUGGAUCCCGCGCCCAGAGCCAGGCCGGCGGCAAAAGGGACAAGUACUCUGCACCCAAGGGUGGGAAGUAUGUGGUGUUUUACCUGGAUCUAUCGUUUGUUUUCCUUCUAGAGUUUAAGAAGUGCAACAUGGCGCGAGGCUGUCUCUGCUGCUUGAAAUACAUGAUGUUCCUCUUCAACUUGAUAUUUUGGCUGUGCGGCUGUGGACUAUUAGGAGUGGGAAUAUGGCUGUCCGUUUCUCAAGGAAAUUUCGCAACGUUUUCUCCCAGCUUCCCAUCUCUGUCAGCUGCGAAUCUGGUCAUUGUGAUCGGAACAGUCGUGAUGGUGACUGGCUUUCUUGGCUGUUUAGGUGCUAUCAAGGAAAACAAGUGCCUCCUUUUAAGUUUUUUCAUCAUCCUGUUGAUCAUUCUUCUAACAGAGCUGAUCCUGCUGAUCCUGUUCUUUGUGUAUAUGGACAAGGUCAAUGAGAAUGCCAAGCAGGAUUUGAAAGACGGCUUAUUGCUUUACAAUUCCGAAAAUAACGUGGGCCUGAAGAACGCGUGGAACAUAAUCCAGGCAGAGAUGCACUGCUGCGGAGUUACAGAUUAUACGGAUUGGUAUCCAGUGUUAGGGGAAAACACGGUUCCCGAUCGAUGUUGUAUGGAAAAUUCCCAGGACUGCGGUCAUAAUUCUACCAGUUUAGUUUGGAAAACGGGUUGUUAUGAGAAAGUGAAAAUGUGGUUUGAUGAUAACAAGCAUGUUCUGGGCACCAUUGGGAUGUGCAUCCUCAUAAUCCAGAUACUUGGCAUGGCCUUCUCCAUGACGCUUUUCCAGCAAAUUCACAGGACUGGUAAAAAAUACGAUGCCUAAAACAUUAAUAGAACCUUUGUAUCAACACACACCUUGCCACAAAGAAGACAAACAAAAAACUAAAAAAUUAGGCAUAAAGCCACCUACUUUUUCUGCUUCACUGUAACAUGACUGGUCUACAGUCUGAACUUGUUCCUUGACUUAACAUUUUUCUCGCAUAUUGCAUUUUGCUAUUCAUUUGCCAAAGAAGAAUCUGCGUUCUCCAUAGAUGCACCCUAACAACUCUUCUUGGACUCAAAUGGAAGUGCUUCGCUUACUAAUAUACUUUAAGACUCCUACCAAGACAGAACAGAUGAACUUGUGUUUGCAGGACGCUUCUGGAAAGGUUUUAGCGGAAGGUCUUCUAAAGACAAAGACAUGUUUGGAACCGCUGAGAAUACACAGGGAGCCAAGGAGAAGAGCAGAAGAGAAACCAGUCUGCAUGGAAUCUAUAACAUUUUUGUACCUUAUUGAAACUAUUUUGUUACCAACUAGAAUUAGUAUUUUCCUUUCUAUGUUUUUAAAGUUUUUGGUUUAGUUUACACACAGUUUUAAUCUCCCCCCCCCCCAAAAAGUGCAAUCUUUAAAGGAUGACACAAAAAAACCCUGAAGAUGUUAGAUCUUAGGACGUAUAAUUCAGAGAGAGGAUAAAGAGCUAUUGAUACAGUUUUCUUGUGAUUCUGCUCCACAGCCGCGUUCUUCUUCAGUAUUAGAAAGCCUAAUAUUGUUUUAAGGCCUGGAAAGUAUAUAACAAAAAAUGAUAUUUUUCUUAUCUGUGACUAAACUGGAACAAAUACAUCGUUUUGACAUA